UAUAUUUAGCACAAUAUGGGUUCACUAUGUUGCACAGAUAAAGAAGUGCAAAGAUCUCCUACAGAACUAUCAGAAAAGAUCUCAGAAAAGAAUGAGGAUUCAAGCGAUUGGGCACCUCCAGAAUAUGAAUGUGAAGAUCUCUACUCUGAAUUCUCAGGCUCUGAAUACGAAGAUUCAGAUUUCGGUGGAAUCGAGACUAAGCCUUCAUUCGCAAGGAAGGGUUACGUUAAAGACUUGUUCAAACCUGAAGUUUAUGAUUGGGCUAUAGAAAAUCUAAAAUCUCAGAAAGUGCUUAACAAACUAGACAAAGUUGGCCCUUUUAAAGUGAAAACCCAGGAUAAGGGUGCUAAAAAGACUGCAAUUGGAUAUAAAGUUGUUAAGGAUGAUACGUACUUUGGACAAGCCCAGGGUGAGAUCAGGUGAGGAAGAGGUGUCUACAUCGAAGAUGGAAAAAAUUUGUACGAGGGAUUUCUCCUAAACAACAAGCCUCAUGGUAAAGGAAGACUCAUUUUUAAAAAUGGUGAUAUGUAUCAAGGUGAUUUUGAAAAUGGCAUUUAUUCUGGAUACGGAAAGCUUGUGACAAAGGCAUACUUCAGACAAGGCUAUUUUGAAGAGGGAAAAAUGAAUGGACAGGGGUUCGAAGUAUACAAGACUGAUCCGAAGGAUAGAUACUUCGGUCAAUGGUUAAAUGAUAAAAAGCAUGGGAUCGGAGAGCUUCAGUUCGAAAACGGUGAUUGUUACAAUGGCAGCUUUAAAAACAACACAUUUAAUGGUGAUGGUACAAUGAAGUUCGCAAACGGAGAUGUGUACACUGGCCAUUACAAGGACGGUAAGAUGCAUGGCAGAGGCAGGUACGAUUUCAAGUCAGGCAAGCUCUACGCAGGAUACUUCGAAGACAAUAUGUUUGAAGGGGAGGGAACCUUAUCGCUCGAGAAAGGUGAAACGUACGAAGGCCGAUUCCAUAAAGGCAAGAAACAUGGAAAGGGAUACUUGAUUGAUAGGCAAGGAAGGAGGAUCAAAGUAAAAUUUGAAAAUGGUAAACAACUCUAAUAGCCAUUCUUUCCUCACAUG